UGUGCUCAGUCGGGCCAGUAUGGAGCGCGUGUGCCUGAGCAGGUGGGCGUCGAGCUCUGCGGUCGUGUUCCUUCACACUCUGGCCUUGUCCUGGACGGGCGCACUCGAGCCCGCCGCCGAAAUUGACAGACGCCACCGAGCUGCCGUGACCCUGCAGGAGAACACGACGCACUGGUUCAACUGCCAGUCGGGCGGCUGGGACCCCCGCGCCCCUCCCUUGCUGACGUGGUACCUGAACGGGGAGCGGCAGAGGGAGCCGCCGUCGCCGCCGCCGCCGAGCCGCAGGCGGCCGCCGGUGAGGAUGAUGGCGACGUCGCCCCAGGAAGGCUCCGAGGUCGGGAGGUCGCGGGAGGCCCAUCGCAACAGCACCUUCUCUCUGCGAGCCAGGAAGUGGGACAGGGAGCUGGUGUGCGUGGCAUCGAACCCCAGCACCGGAGAGACCCACAAUGCCACGGUCACGCUCAACGUCCAGUUCCAGCCAGAGAUCCUCCGGCUGAACGCCCACUACAGCGAGACCUCGGACCCCGGCCUCUCCUUGGUCCUCUUCGCCUUGGUGCGGUCCAACCCACCGGCCACCAUCACCUUCGCGGACCAGUACGGCCAGCUGGUGGCCAACACCUCCGACUUCCUCGUCCUGGACUCGCGGCGCUACCCUUGGUUGACCAAUCACACGCUGAAGGUCACGCUGGGCAAUCAAACGGGCAACGUCUCUCUGAACGUCAGCAACAGCGUGGGGACGGUGCAGAGCAACCUCACGCUGGCAGGUGCCUCAGAGUUCCUGCAGUCUCGCGUGGAGGUGCCCAUGCUGGGAAUAGUGACCGGGGGAGCCAUGGCCUUCAUGGCCCUCCUCAUCCUCAGUCUGAUCGUUCUCUGCCUGAUGCAAAAAAACAAGAGCAAGUCCUUCGAUGAGCCGGUGGAGAUUCUGAUGACCAAGAAAAGCGACUCGGCCAAUCUGAAGCCGGAGAAAGCCGUUAAGCCCCACAUCGCCAGAGAGAACAUGUCUCUGCCUUCCAACAUGCAGCUCAACGACCUCAACACUUUGAGAAAAGCUCGAGAGGCCGCCCAGCAGAACAGCGUGGGCGAGAAGAAGGAAGAGGAGGAGGAGGAGGAGGAGGAUCUGUCGUUAGCCUACGCCGCCAGAGGUUUUGCCAGAUAUCCGAUGGUGGGCUACAUCUACAAGGUGAACAGCAUAAGCAGCGAGGAGAUCUGGCUCUGACUGACCUCCAACACACACACACACACACACACUACACAUGCAUGCAACACUACUUCCAACCUGUACCAAGAGACAAAACCAAGAACAACUGCCAGCUGGACCAGGAUGACGAGGAACCAGAAACCAUCUUCCUCCGUCUGGGUGUCAACGACUCUCCGUUUCCCCAAGUUCAUCCACACACUUGAAUUUGUUGUUCUUAUAAACAAAGAGUCAUCCAUGUUUUUGUCUCUCCGAGUCCAGUGCGCUCCAUAAAUAAGCUUAUGUUUUGUAUGUUUGGCCAUGAUCUCCUCCCGUAUGGUCUCUUAUCGCAUCCUCUUAAUCCUUCUAUGCUCCGAACCGGAAAGAUAAAUGUUCCCUACGUUGAGAUUUUGCAUUUUGUCGCAUUAAUAUCCAAAUAGGAUGGUGCAUAUUU